CAGGCCUUCUUCGUGGCGCCACACAGAAACCGCCCGGAAAUCCCCACCUCCUCUGCUGUUCCCCGAGAAUCCCCACAUCCUCCCCCGCUCUUCCCCGCAACUCCCCCAAUCCCUAUUGAUCACGGCGGCGGAGAGUCGCUUAUGCUGAAAGCAACAGGAUGUGUUCUCUCCUCAUUUUUUUCUGAAGUUUUGAGAUAUAACGACGCUCCUGUAGUCAAGUUUGGACUUCUACAUCACCUAACUGGUUAACAGUGGCAUGUCUGCAAAGGUGCCAAGGCUCGUAGAAGGUAACUCCAGUGGCAUGGGAAAUUGGGCUACUCUUCAAAAUGAUAUUAUUGGGAUAAUAAUAAAGAAGCUUGCCAUCCCUGACUAUAUCAGAUUUCGUGCUGUGUGCACCUCUUGGAACCAUGCCUGCAGGGAUGUGUCAAACCGUCCAAGGGUAGACCCAUGGCUGAUGCUCCCCCCAAUUCAGCUUGGUGCUCAAUUUUUUUGUGUUCCUGAAAGAAAGAAUCAAAUCAUCCAUCUCCCUAGCACUGUCUCACUCUUUGGAUCUCUAUGGGCUCCGAUUGGUUCUUCCCAUGGUUGGCUUAUCUACUUCAGUCAAACUCAUGGAACCAUGCAGCUGGUUAAUCCCAUCAGUGGCACACAGAUCCAACUCCCCCCAAUAGGACGUAGGGCCUUCUCUAAGGCCAUGUUGCUUGAGAUGAAUGAGAGGAACUUCAUUGUUGCUGUCCUUUAUGGUGACCAGAAAGGUUAUAAAGUAACACGAAAAGGAUCUAAUAGCUGGUCAUCGGUUGAAUCAAAACACAUUUUGGAUGAUAUCAUCAAGCAUAGAGGUCAGCUGUACACCUGUGAUAUGUACGGUACGGUUGAGCUGUGGGCAGAGCCGCCCCGUGCAUGGCCAGAUGAGGAAGUCACGCAUCAAUGGAGGUUUCGCUGUCUGGUGGAGACCCCAGCUGGUGAUUUGAUUAGGGUUAAGCGCCAGAGUCAGAAUAAGUUUGCUGUUUGGAUCUUGGAUAAGGAGACCUUUUCUUGGGUGGAAAUUGACAAUAUUGAGCCUCUUGCGCUUUUUGUCAGCUACUACAACUCGGUCUGUUUCCUGGCGAAGGACCACCCCAACCUGAAAGCAAAUUGCAUCUACUUCAUCGACACCAACAACAACCUGUGCGCAUUCAACCUCGAGAACGGAACUAAGGAGCUUGUUGAAACCCUUGCAAUUGGCCUAGCCCGUAACGACUAUUACCGUAGGCCUCUGCGAGACCAGCUAUUAUGGUUCAUCCCUUCACUGAAAUAGCUAGGUAGCAAGGGAAAGUUGUGCGCCGGUUUAUCCUAAGGUAGACUCAUAUGCGAUAGCAGGCUUGUAUGGCACUUGUAUCCCCAAAGUUAACUGUAUGAACAUGCUUGUGGUACUUUUGUGGCUUAGUCAACUAUUUGAGCUUUGAACAAAUCGUGUAUAUGAAUUUGAAGUGCUGUUUUAAGGUGAUUUGGUUUGUAAA